AUGUGCGAUAAAACAUUUGCUCAUAAGUUUAAUCUUAAGACCCACUAUGUUGUUCCUACUGGUGAGAAGCCUUAUUCAUGCGGUGUAUGUGAUAAAACAUUCUCACAGAAAAGUAGUUUAAAUACUCAUACUAUUGUUCAUACUGGAGAAAAGCCUUAUUCAUGCAGUAUAUGUAAUAAAACAUUCACACAGAAAGGUAAUUUAAAAGCUCAAUUUAUUGUUCGUGCUGAAGAGAAACCUUUUCAAUGCAAUAUGUGUGAUAAAUCUUUCACACAAAAAAGAAGUUUAAGUAGACACUAUGGAAUUCAUACUUGA